AUGUCCAAUUGGGAUGAUGAAGAUUUUGAACCACCAAAAGCUGUGACCAAAAAUGAAUGGGACGACGAAGACGCUGAUAAUGACAAUGUAAAGGACAAUUGGGACGAUGAAGAGGAACAAAAAGCCAAAAAUGACUCCGCAGAGACAAAAACUACAGCGACUGCUCCACCUAAAAAGAAGAAAAGUCUAAAGGAAAGAAUCGCUGAGAAGGAAAAAGAGCGAAUGGAAAGGAGAAAAGCUGCGCAAGAAGCCGCUAAAGAGUUAACUGAAGAGGAGAAAACGGCCAAAAAAUUAGAAGAUCAACAAGCUGUGGAAGAUGCAGACAUGGAAAAUAUCCAAGAUACAUUUGGUAUCAACAAGAAGAACAUUUAUAAUAUGAAUCCAAAAACAACUUCGGAAUUUUCAGAAUUUGCUGAAGCAAUAGUAGAAAGACUAACGAUACAUGAGAAAUCGCCACAUUAUCCAACCGUUUUGGAAUAUAUUUACAGAAAUUGUUGCCUCGAAGUCGAUCCGGAUGAAAUUAAAAAAUUAGCUAGUUCAUUGAAUGCAGUAGCAUCCGAAAAAUUAAAAAUUCAAAAGGCUAAAACUAAGAAAGGAAAAAAGAAAGGUGGUGUUUCUAAAGAGUCAAAUACUCUUUACGAAGAUACAGUAUAUGACGAAUAUGAUGAUUUUAUGUAA